AAAGAACGUGGGGGUAAAACUUCUUGGGCCAGGGUACUUGGGCCCCCUUACGAAGGCGAAAGUGUGCCGCGUAUAUAAGGCCUGAAAUAGUAAGCAAUCAGCAUCCAGUUCACUCCUGGACGCACCUGGAAUAUCGCGAAUUACAAAAAUGAAGAGCCUGAUCUGCGUGGCUCUGUUCGCACUCGUCGUAUCGGCGACGUCCGCACAAGAAGCUAAAAUCACCAAAGAAGUUGAGGAGAAGAAACACGAGAAACGUGGCCUCUUUGACUUUGGCUAUGGAUAUGAAGGUGGCGAUUUUGGAGGUUACGAAGGUGGUGACUUAGGUGGUCAUCAUCAUGAAGAUCAUCAUCAUGUGAAAACAAUCGUGAAACAUGUUGCCUAUCCAGUUGAGAAGCAUGUACCAGUUAAAGUGCCAGUGCCUCAUCCCUAUCCAGUUGAGGUUAAGGUUCCAGUUAAAGUACCAGUUCAUGUACCAUAUCCAGUUGAGAAACACAUCGAGAAACCAGUUCCAUAUCCAGUACAUGUGCCACAACCAUAUCCAGUUAAAGUACCAGUACCACAACCAUAUCCAGUUGAAAAAAUCGUUGAGAAAGUUAUCAAGGUUCCAGUGCACAUUCCACAACCAUAUCCCGUUGAAAAAAUUGUCAAAGUUCCCGUAAAGGUGCCAGUUCAUGUUUCAGUACCAUAUCCAGUUGCAAAAUUGGUUCCCUAUCCAGUUGAAAAAACUGUUCAUGUACCAGUACAUGUGCCAGUUAAGGUACAUGUUCCACAACCAUAUCCAGUUGAAAAAAUAGUCAAGGUACCUGUACAUAUUCCAAAACCAUAUCCAGUUCAUGUUCCAGUUGAAAAACAUAUUCCAGUUCCUGUGCAUGUGCCAGUGCACCAUCAUCAUUCUCAUCAUGAAGAAGGUGGUGAGGGUGGUUACGGUGGUUACGACUUUGGUGGUUAUCAUUAGUAAUUUUUUUUUGUUUUUGCGCCUAGAUGUUUCACCUAACAUGUAAUUUAUUUGUUUGUUUGUUUUUUUUUUUUGGUACACGAAUGAUGGAAAAUUUUUUUUGUCAUUAUCUUGAAAGAAGACACAUGUUAUGUGAAGCUGAUGACGGCACCAAUACGACGAGUAACGAACAACCUCGUUCAUGAUCUUUAUUUAAUUCAUUAUAUUAUGAAGUACUUGGGAUCCUAGUCGUUUAGAUUUUGUUAUUAUAAUUUCGUCAAGUUAUUAAUAUUAUAUAUAGUUUAAUUUUUAUGAAAAGGAAAAAAAGUAUAUUUUUUUUUUUGUCAAAAGGUCUUGGAUCCUCAGUAUUUCACCAUGGUCUCAACAAAGGAUCCCAAUAAUAGGGAUCUUUGCUCGAGAGUAGCAUCUUUUUUUUGUACCUUUAGCUAAUAAAAAAGUAUUUUUGUACGGAAACGAUAAUAAAGGAUUUUUCCAAAGUA